UUUACAUCAAUAGAUUCUGUUGAUGGAUGUUUGGGUCUUUAUGGGUUAAGUGUACUGUGUUAUUUUGUUAAAUGUUAUGGUAUGUUUUAGAACCUUGUGGUUCAUACUUUGACUUACUUUGAUAUCUGACUGGUUUGAUUUUGCAUUUUUAAAAUCUCAAUUAAAUUAUAUAAUUAACUUCCUACUUGUUUAAUGUCCCCAUAAUGUCUUUUUUGUUAUUUUUAUUCUGAAAUUUCUCCAUUUACAAUCGCUGUACAGAUAGAGGAAUACAACACACCGACAGCCUGGCUCUUCAUUGUUGUCUGAUUAAUUGCUUGUAUAAGGGUUCACUGCUUUAAAUCGAAGGUCAGGAAGAGAAAGGACAGUUCAGUUCCGCAGAUCCGGUAUCUGUGUUUCCACAGCAACGUGUAUUAAGUUCCACAGGCGCCUUUCAGACGGUGAACUUUGAACAGAGGUGGAGGGACAGGUGAGCUGACGCAGGUUCCUGAAACGAUCCUUCCUGGAAACACACAGAGAUAUUGCAAAAAUGGCCAAAUUCUUCACACCAGCUCAAAUUAAUGAAUUCAAAGAGUGUUUCUCCUUAUAUGACAAGAAGCGAAAGGGUAAGAUCGAAGCCAAGGACCUGGUCACAGUCAUGCGCUGCCUGGGAACAAGCCCCACUUUUGGUGAAAUUGAACGACACCUUCAGGUUCAUAAAAUAGAAAAGACAGGGGAGCUGGAUUUCUCCACUUUCCUGACCAUGAUGCACAGGCAGAUUCAACAGGAAGACCCCAAGGCUGAAAUCCUGGAAGCCUUGAGGAUGACGGACAAGCAGAAGAAAGGCUACAUCCAGGCAUCGGAACUCCGGGCCAAGCUCACCAAGUUAGGAGAGAAACUCACCCAUAAAGAAGUGGAUGAGCUCUUCAAAGAGGCCAAUGUUGUGUCAAAUGGGACGAUCAACUAUGAAGAGUUCACACAGAUGGUGACACUGCCACCCGUCGAUUACUGACCUUUCAAGGAAAAUACACAUUUCAAUCACACCACAACUGACAGUACAUCGCCUGAACCUCAUGUCCUCAGUUUACAGAGACUGUAUAAAAAGUUUGCAUUUACCAGUGUUUACUUGCAGACUAUUGAGAUUUUUCUUUUAUUAAUUACUCAUUGUAAUUAAAUUUAAUUCAGAACUUUGUUUUUCUGUUAAAAUGCAAUGUACUGUUGACUAACACUGGCCUCUGAAAUGUGCCUGAACACAUUGACUUAUUGUGUUAAAAAUGUUCGUUUUAAACACUGAUGUUAAAAUGAAAACAGUCAUUUAUGUUUUUCUUAUCUAAUAUCAUUUCUGCUUUACUGAAUCCAUUUAUGCACCACACUCAGGCUAUAGAGAAAGAGAAAGUCCUCCCCCUACCAGUGUG